UUUUCUCACAAAGAGAACUGCCAAGCUGGUUUUGCAAUUCUUGACACCAAAGACUUUCACCAAAUUUCCCCUGGAGAGCCCAAGUCAACCUACUUCGCCACAGGAUCUCUUUCAAACCUCUCGGAGACUUCAAGAAAGUUCUUUUUUUUUUGGCAAGUCAGCUGCAAUUUCUCAGCUAGAUAUCGCAAGCAGUAUUGAGUCUCGUAUUCCUAAGUCAUAUUCGUAGACCAUGGGUUUAGGAGCGGCCUUCACCGUAUUACGUGCUCUCCAUUCUCGAUUCCCGGGGCGCCUUUCAGAGAUCUUAGAAGCUUUUACAUUUUAAACGAAGUAUUUAGGUUUUUGAUAGGCUCUCUUGGCGAUCUUCUCGUGAGGCUAGAGCGUUCUUACAAAAGCCUUCAUUGCGUAGGGAAUGACGCACACUUCACU